UAUAAAUGAAUAAAUUUUAGUUUGUUCGAACCUUGCGGGCUAAGGCAGGCAGUCGCUAGUUUUUGAAUUUUCUUCUCCUCGCCGCCCUCUCUCUCGUAUCCGCUGGCUAUUUCGAACCGCCGUGAGGCAAUAAAACACACUUUGCUAUUUCCAGUCUUUGCCAUGGCUAUUGGUGAUGAUGGCAUGUUGGAAGAAUCUGCAUUUUCGUUUGGUACGGAUACUGGCAAGCUGGAGCAGGUUGGAACGGUGAUUUCAUCUGAAGACAUUGCCUGGGCAGAUUCUUGUCUGGCCAAAGAUUCUGAAGAAUUGGAGGGUAGCUGGAAUUCCAUGAAAGAAGCCUUGCUAGAAACUCUAACUCCUGAGCGUGAUGCUUCUGCUGAUUCAGAAGAUAAUUUGGAGAUGUCUUCCUCUAUAAACAAAGGUAAAUUGAGUGAUGUAAGCAGCAGGGCUGGUGAAUUGAUUGAAGACGUGAAUGGGGAUUUCUGGUCAAGGUAUGACCCAAAAGAUGUGUUCCUACCAGCGUACAACGAGCGUAUGAGGCAGGUUCGAAGCACUGGAAGUGCUGAGAUAGUUGAGACAAAUAGCGAAGAUGGCGAUAUGAUAUUCAAGACGUGGGAUUUGGAUGUUCCUGUGGAGGAGGAGGAACUUAUGCAAGAGCUGAGUAAUGGUGUUUUGGAAUGGGCGUGGGAGGGGAAGGUGGAGGGGGAGGGGAAGGGGUUGGAAGUUGAUGAUCUCAUUGCUGAUAUAGGAGACCUCUCUCUCUGAAUCUUUGACAUUGGGGAUUUGAAGUCAGUCAGUCAGUAGUAAGUCUCAAUCUCUCUGUUUUGGUAUUUGCUACUUGAUAUUAUGAACAAUCAUGUCAGGUUGGGUUGGGUUGGGACCAGGACAAGUUUUAUUUUAAGGUUCAAAGUUUUUAUCUAAGCUAGGUAGAUGGAGGAGUGACUAAGUGUCUUUCUGUCACUUUAAAAAUGAAUGAUGUAUGUUUAUGGUUUGCUUUUGAAUUUUGAUAGACAGACACCGACUCAUUCCCAAUAUUAAUAAGGUUAUUUUAGUUUUUGUUUUUUUCUUUUUUACCUUAUUCAUGCCACCCUUUACAUCUCCGCAGACACUAGUUUGCAGUGGGUCUGAGUUCCCCUGCUGUGUGUGCAGAAUGGGGCUAGUGUUUUCCUUUCUUCGUUGGCAUCUAUCUAUCUGUCUGUAUCUUUGUUACCUAGGAUAUAGUAGUUGCCCUGGCUGGUCCCGGGUUGGGAUAGUGGCAAACGGAUAAGGGAUGGAGGAAGUAUAUCUUUAUACUAAUU